CAUUACCAAGGAGCGCAACAUCAGCCAGGUAGUGGACAAGUCGCGUAUCAGCUAGCGGGUGCCGGGCAGGCUAACAUGGCUCAGACAAACGUCGCGCAGCGAAACGUCUCACAGGUGAAAUACCAGCUUCCAGGUGACCAGGUGCGCAGUGACGUCCGUUACGUCACCGUGGACGGUGGCCAGUUCCCGGGGAUGGACAGCAGGGGCAGCACUCUGGACAGCCGCAACGCGACCUUGGGCAGUAAUCUUAGCGGCCAGAUCUUCAUUCUGGACAGCAGGUACAACACGUUGGACAGCAGUCAGUACCCCAGCCCGAACAGCAGAGGCAGCACGCUGGACAGCACGGUGACGUCAUCAACCAUGGAGUCUUUCAACGAGUCCUCAGUCUCCACCAGAGCUGAUUACAGUAGCCGCACAGACUACAACACCAGGGCUGACUACAAUGUCAAAACCAACAUUGUAGAUGAGACACAGGUGAAAUACAACUAUGGCGUGAAGAAGGGGUUGAAGGGCACAGCGCUGGUGAACAUGAACGCGCUGAGCCAGGAGAGGAAACGGAAACACGACGGUAACCUCGAGCAGGAGGUCAGGUUCGUGGAGGAGAAGAAGACUAUAUACGAGUGGGGGAUUGACAGAGGGAUGUCCGGAAAGGCUAUCGUGAACCUGGAUGCCCUGAGCACCCGGAAGAAACGGAGGGUGAGGAGGAGGAAGAAGGUUGUGGAAGGAUACGAGGAAUACGAGUACAGUGACGAGUACAGCGAUGGUGACGGUGAGGGUGACUUUGACAUUGACGACGACCUUGACGAGAAGAGGCGACUGGCGCGACUGAGGAUGGAGGAGCCCUUCAUCAAGCGUUCCACGGUCAUCGUCGAGGAUAACGGAGAGGAGAUAGACUUGGAGGAUGUCAACCCCAACUUUGAGGCGUUCUUCCGUAACAUGAAGAAAGGAGAGCCGAGGGAAGACGUUAUGAAGGAGCUGGAAGAUGCCAUUGAUCUGUCCGACUUAAUCGAGAUCGACCAACUGACACCUGAAAACAGGAACGAAGGCCUUACUGAAGCCGAGGAAAGGAAAGUGAGUCCGGAGAACAUUCCUCCCGACUUCUCCGCCUUCUUCGCCACGUACAUUGCCACCUACGGGUGGCCCAGCGAUCCGGAGGUUCUGGGAACAGGAGCCAAGCCCAUAGAAGAACUGAUAGAUCCAAAGUCCCUGUUGAAACCGGACGAUCCUGAUGGAGGGGAAUCUGCUGUGUCAGAGGAGGAAGGAGGAGAAUGUGGACCUGAUCUCUUAGGUGGCGGCGGAGGGGGAACGAAGAUGUUCGUGUUGCCAGACUAUGACAGUUACUUCCUCCGGGCGAAAACAAGGCCGCAGGGGAAGUUUGUGCAGUGUGAUCUUGGGAACGACAGGUCUAACGAACCGCGGAAAAUUGCAGUUGGCUUCAUGAUACCCUAUAGAAGGAUUGUGUUGGCAUGCGCGCCGGCUGACGAGCCUAGGAAGAAGGCGCAGGCGCAGUUGGUGCGAGUCCUGAAGACGUUCCACUCAGUGGCGGUGAAGGUUAUCCGAGCUGUGCUGUCCACACGGACACGGGUGGUGUACAAACGCACCUACCGGAGAACAGGGGGGAACGGAGAUGGUGCAUAUGAGAAGAAGACUGGGGCAGAGCUACAACAUGACGAACUUAUGAAGAAGUUCCAAGCGGCAAAGGCGAAAGUCAAGGGCAGGGCGGCAGAGUCUUACGGUCAGGCGGAAGGAAAGCUGUUGGCGUCGAAAGAGGAGCUGAAGUCAGAAGCGGCGGAAGCCAAAGCAGCUUUCCUGAAGUUCGCUUCUGCCGGAUUUGGUGGACAGAGCAGUGGUGGCGGCGAUGGUGAUGAUGGUCUGAUUUGGUCCAAGUCGGAGGUUGUGGUGUCUAAACAGUCGUGUGCCGAGCUGGCCGGGCUGCUGAUGCAGUUUCAUCAGUCAUACCAGGACGUUAUGGAUGCAAGCUUGAUCCUGGGCAAACACACCACGGUGGCGUGGCACCAGAAGUGUGUUGUGAAGACGACAAAGUUCUUUAGUUUCUCGGCCACGACUGUGAUCAAAGGAGCAAGACUCUUCACCAGUUCAUCUGAUAUCUCCGACACCAAGACUAAACUGGCUCUGGCCGCACAGGAUCUGACAACAUCAAUAGACGAGAUGAUGGGCGUUUGCCACGAAAAGUUCCCGGAUGAGAACGCCGAGGAAUCUGGGAACGGGAUCGAGCCCGACAGGCUUCUUGAGCUGUUGAAAGCGGUGACGAGCCACGCCCCGAAUUCUGACGUACAGGAAAUCCAGGAGUUCAAAGAGCUCGCCGCCAUCAUGGCGGAGUCACGUGGUGACACCCGGAUGGGGAAGGCCGUGCAGGCCCGGAUGGAGCUCCUGGCUACCUACCUGCAGAACAACCCGGACUACUGUGGGUUCGACUUCGCAGAGUACAAGAAACGUAUUCUCGGCUUCUAGACUUAC